GUAAAUUUAUUGUCUCUUUCCCUUUUCUUGUACUCAAUAAUUGCUUCAACUAUAAUUUGUCCAACGGUGUAGUCAUAUGUCUGACUUUGUUGUAGAAAGAAGAAGAAGAAACCCUAGAAUUGGUGAGAAGGAGAUGGGGAGGGGCAAAAUAGCAAUUAGGAGGAUCGAUAACUCAACGAGCAGGCAGGUGACCUUCUCAAAGAGGAGAAGUGGGCUGCUCAAGAAGGCUAAGGAGUUGUCAAUCCUGUGUGAUGCUGAAGUUGGAUUGAUUGUGUUUUCCAGCACUGAGAAGCUCUAUGAUUUUGCAAGUACCAGUAUGAAAUCGGUGAUAGAAAGAUACACGAAGCUUAAUGAGGAGAAUUACCAUCUCAUCAGCAAUCCUACUUCUGAGAUCAAGUUUUGGCAAAGGGAAGCAUCAAGCUUGGGGAAACAGCUGCAGUACUUGCAACAAUGCCACAGGCAGCUUUUAGGAGAAGAGCUUUCAGGAUUGAGCAUCAAUGACCUCCAAAAUCUGGAAAAUCAGCUCGAGAAGAGUUUGAAAGGAGUGCGAAUCAAGAAGGAACAAAUUCUGAGUGAGGAGAUCAAAGAGUUAAACAUGAAGGGAAACCUCAUUCAACAAGAAAACAUAGAACUAAGCAAGAAGGUACAUGUUGUAAGUCAAGAGAAUGCAGAGUUACAGAAAAAGGUAUUUGUCGGUUAGGUGUUGCGUUGAAUAUAAGAAUAAAUCAGGGCAGAUAAGGGGACCAUAUCUUCUGAACUAAACCCACAUAUGGAACAGGUCUAUGGCCCAGAGAGAAUAAGUGCAUUGAAUGGGGUCAACCACAUCACACAUGGUGUUCGUAAAGAAUAUGGUGUGAAUGCACCCAUAAACCUCGAGCUCAGUCAAUCACAAAGUCAGAAUAAGAAGAAGCCAGAUGUGAACUUGGGGUAAUUCUACUUUCUGAUAAGUCAUAAUUAAUAGAUACUAGUACUAUAAGAGGUCUUCAACCACUAAUCAUCUGUAUAAUAUUGGUUGUUUUAACAGGCUUCAACUGCAUUAGAGUUGGUGGCAGCCCUACACAAGUUUACCAGCUUCCUAAUGAAAUUUACCCCAAUUUCAGACUUUGAAGAACCAGGUUCAAACACUGGUAGAAGAAUUGUAAAGUGACAGGAUGGAUUCACAGAUGACUCACAUUCAUCAGAUUUCUGUUUGAUGAAAUAUGUGAAUAUGAUUUACUAUUUUCAGAAGAUAUACUAGGAAGCUAUGUAAAGUUAUAAUAUAUGCUGAGGAGAGAAAAAACUGCUUAGAAUUACUCUACAGUAAAGUCAUGGUUGGUUUUUGUA